UUUUUUUAUUUUUGUUUUUCAAUAUACAAACAAUCAUUGUUUUUUUGAAUUUAUUUUUGAGAACACAACAAGAGCGCAAAGUGGCUUCCCAUGGUCUAUUUUUAGGCAAGCCCACAGCCAGUGUGUAAAGAUUUGUGUUCUUUGGGUUUUUCAAAAAAAAAAAAAAAAAAAAAAAAUCAAGAGCCCUGUAGAGAGCAAAAUGCAGUGUUGGCUCUGACGAGAAUGAAGAUGAGAACUGAGGAGUGUGUUUGACAUAUAAACAGGCGGCACUAUAGUAACACCAGCCAGCCAUAGGCAAGAUACACUACAGACUACACACAUUGGAUAUUUAUAGAUACUUUGUACGAUUCGGAGAUAUUUACAGAUACUUUGCAUCCAUAUGUGAGGAGAGUAAAACAUCACUUGGCAGUGAAUUUUUUUUUUUUUUGGUUUUUCAGUUCCAUUGAAUUUUCUUCUUUUCGAAUUUCGAAUCGCACUUGUGAUGGCCUAAAAAAAGAUUAUGAAAACUACAUGAACCAUCAUUCCACACCAUCCAUAGAGGCCAUGUGAAAAGGGUGUAGUACGCACAUGAAAAAUAAAGUGUUCGAGCGGGAAAUCUGAUUUUGUUUCUGGAUUUGGAAUUUUGAAAAACUCGAGGACGUAUAAGGAAGGAGUCACUUGUGUUGGCCAAAUCAGUCUGUCAGUUGCUGGAUCAGUGAGCGGAUCAGGAGAGGAGACACAAAAAUUUGAAAAACGAUGUUUAAACACACAGUUACUAUGGAUACGUUUGGUGAAAGGAUAAUUAAACGAAAUCCUUCUUCGAUGAUGUCAGCAGAGAGAAGGAUAACUGCUGAUCAAAUUUUACAUUUGUGUAGACUUUUAGCAGAUCAGUCAAGAACCAAAUCCUUUGAUCGAAGAAGAAUUGAAGAAGAUUGUAGCAGUUCAAUGGAAAUACAAAGUGAAGAUAUAACAAGCAGUCGAUCAUCGGAUCAGGAGUUUUGUGAUCGAAUAAAUACCUCAGAAUGUCAGAACCAGGAGAGAAUUCUUAGUCAUGAUGACCAAAUUAAUCCAUCAGAAAAAAUAACAACAACCACAACACCCGUCAUAAAACAAGUGAAAAAGGAUAUUUUGAAUAAAAUUCGAAAUCAAAUAUUUGAAAGAAAACGUCAGAAACUUGUGACAGUGCAGAAGAAGAGAACUGUCAGCAGCGCUGUUUGGCGACCUUGGUGAAUGAAAACAAAUACAUUUUUUGCGGUGCGGUAGUGAUAUAAAAAUAAUUAUGU